AUGGUGCAAUUGCCGGAUGUGAUUCUAGAAGAGAUUCUUUGUCGAUUGUCUGUUAAGUGUCUGUUACGUUUUAGAUGUGUAUCUAAAUCAUGGUUUGCUAUAAUCAGUAGCCCCAAUUUCGCCAAAUUGCAUCUAAACCGAUCCGUCCAAACCAAGAGAAACCUUAGGCUCUUCCAAAGGAACAAUGAUCUCUUUCGUGAGAAAUUUGAUUCCCUCCAUGACGGAAAUGUUCUUCAAAAGGUGAAGGUCGAUUCCAUUCCAUUGACGUUUCGAAAUUAUAGACUUGUGCCUAGGUGUUCAUGUGAUGGCUUGAUUUGCAUGUUACAAUUUCGUGGCAUGCAACGUCUUUAUUUAUGGAAUCCUAAUUCAACCAUAAGGAAUUAUGGACCACAGCCUAACUGUUUUUUACGUGAUGGCUUGAUUUUCGUCCGUGCCAUUGAGAAUGUCUUUUUAUGGAAUCCUUCAAUCAAAAAGUCUAUAAAACUUCCUUACGCAUCAAUUGAAAUCGCAACCCUUGGUAUUCACUUUGUCAGUGUUUAUUAUGAUUAUCGAAUUGGUUACGAUAACAUCAAUGACGAUUACAAGGUGGUAAGAAUUGUGCUAAUUAUAAGUAGGAGUCCAGACAUCUUCCUCGAUUAUGAGGUUAAGGUUUAUAGUUUGGGAUCAAAUUCUUGGCAUAAGCUAGAGAAGUUUCUUUACUGUCCGGAUUGGCAUUCCUUUGGAAAUUCCAUUGCUGGUGGAGCUAUGCAUUGGAUCUCAAUUGUGAAAUCAGAUUUAAAAAGUGAAAGAUUGAUUGUUGCAUUUGAUCUUGGGACAGAGAAAUGCAGAGUACUUCCGAAACCAGAGUACACCAGUCCUCAUUUUAAAUUAUAUUUGCAUAAUUUAGAAGGAUGUCUUUCGUUAAGUUGUCAAUAUGAAUCAUCAUCAAUUGUGGAUGUGUUUUUGCUGAAAGAUUAUGGUGGGAAGAAUGAGCAUUGGUCAAGAUUAAUUACAUUGUCACCAACAACUACUUUUAAGAUUUAUCACCCUUUCAUACCUAUUGCUUAUUCAAAGAGCGGUAAGAAAGUAUGGUUCAUGAACAGCAAUCGGUUAAGAAGGAGCCUUGUUUUGUAUAAUUUAGAACAGAAAUCAGUUGAGAAGAUUAGGGGUGGCGAUAGAAGAUUAACUAGCAUCCUAUACAAUUGCCUUGAAAGUCUCGUCCCUGUCGAUGUUCCAGCAGCAGCUGUAUGUAACCAAGUAUAUGUCAAAUUUGAUUUACAAAUUGAAACUUGGUUCUCUUAA